AUGCAAUUCAAAGAUCGAUCUUGCAAUAUCAUCGACAAGGAUGGCAAGGACGGCAAAACCAUCCACUCAUUCAAUGCACCAGAUGAUAGUCCGAUUGUUGAGGAGACACGAAAUGUUUCAGUUGGUAACCUUUGUUACAUUAUGUUGGCAAAUGUAAAGUUCGACAAAGGACAUAACGCCGGCUGA